AUGUCCGACAAAACGCAUGGCAAUGAUGCAAACAUUGGGAGCAAGGAAAACGUUGCAUCCGAGAAAAGUCUGGACGGCCCCAUUGGGAUCGACAGUCAUCCCAAGACUUCGAAUACCACAACAACGGUGAGCGAUGAAGGGACCACGUCCGAGUUCGAUGUGUGGUGGAACGUUCCUGAGAACGAAGACCCUGCGAACCCAAGAAACUGGUCAAAUUCUAAAAAAUGGACCAUCAUUGCUUCUUUGUCACUUGUUACUUUUCUCACACCUUUAGCUUCCUCAAUGUCUGCUCCUGGUGUUCCUCAAAUGCUGACUGACUUCAAAACGGAUUCGACAUUACUUGCAACCUUCGUCAUCUCUGUGUUUGUGCUCGGUUUCGCAUUUGGACCCCUUGUCAUCGCACCUCUUAGCGAAUGGAUCGGUCGGGUCCCGGUAUAUCAUGUUUGCAAUGUUCUCUUCUUAAUUUUCACGAUCCUCUGCGCAGUCUCCAAGAGCAUGGCAAUGUUGAUUGUGUUUCGGUUCUUGGCUGGCUGUGCUGGAGUGGCCCCGAUUACCUGCGGUAGCGGCACAAUUGCGGACCUCAUGCCUCCGGAAAGACGAGGUGUAGCAAUGUCGCUUUGGUCCCUUGGGCCAUUAUUUGGACCGAUCGUUGGCCCCAUUGCAGGGGGUUUCCUCGUUGAAGCAAAACACUGGCGGUGGGUGUUUUGGGUCAUCGCGAUAGUUUCUGGAGCAUCCACUAUCCUGUGCUUCUUCACUUUGAAAGAGACAUAUACCCCGGUCCUUCUAGAGCGCAAGGCUGCUCAACUGAGAAAAGAGACAGGGGACUCUUCCUACCGAUCGCGUCUCCAUUCAGAUCUACCAAAGAAGGAGUUAUUCAUACAAAGCAUCAUCCGACCCAUGAAGAUGCUCCUCUGUUCGCCCAUCAUAUUUCUCAUGUGUUCAUAUGUGGCAGUCAUGUACGGUCUGCUUUACAUACUCUUCACGACCUACACAUUUGUCUUUGAGGAAGAGUACGGGUUCUCUUCAGGUACUGCAGGCUUAGCUUUCCUAGGAAGCGGAGUGGGAAUGCUCUUGGGGCUGGCCUUCGCCGCUACACAAAGCGACAAAAGAAUCAGGAGAAAAAUUGCCUCGGGAGAGGCAAUUCUUCCAGAAGACCGACUGCGAUAUACACUCAUCGUUCCGGCAUGCCUCUGUCUUCCAGUUGGUCUUUUUAUCUACGGAUGGAGCACCCAGUACCGUGUUCACUGGAUUGUGCCUCAGAUUGGAAAUGCUGUGAUCGGGUUUGGCAUGAUCGCGAUAUUGAUGUGCAUCCAAACAUACCUGGUUGACGCGUUCCCUAUACAUGCUGCGAGCGCCACAGCAGCUAACACUGUGUUGCGAAGUCUUUUGGGGGCACUUUUCCCACUGUUCGCGCUGAAACUGUAUGACAGGGUCGGCCUAGGCUGGGGCAACAGUAUCUUGGGUUUUAUUGCCCUGGCAAUAGCCCCUAUUCCUAUAGGAUUUCGAAUUUUUGGGGAGCGGAUAAGAACAAACCCCAAGUGGCAGGUCAAGUUCUAG